AUGGGCCAGAAGAAGGUCGACAAGGAGGUCAUUUCCUUGGUGUCUAGUGAUACUCUGUCUGGCUCAGAGGACAACCUGGAGGAAUCAGUGGUUCUCAACUCCAAUUACCAAGAUGAUAUUUCCUCCAAGAAGCGAAAGGCAAAAUCUGAAGGCACCUUGCGAGCAUCCAAGAAGAGGUCACCAUCUGUUGUGCCUGCAGAGAAGGCAGUCUUGGCAAAGAAGAUGAAAGGUAAGGUACCCGUGAGGCCUAAGGCCAAGGUGCCUGAGAGGAGAGCACUGUCAAGGACUGCUGAGUCCUCCAGUGAUGAACAUAUUCAAGAUGUGAUGGUACAAGCUCAACCUGCUAAACAUCUGCAUGAUGGUCUGUCAGCCCAAGGGCAUUCUGUGACUGCAGUCGAUUUCAUUGUGGAUAAUGAUGCCACUGCUCCUAGUGGUAGUGCCAUCACAAGCAACACUGAUGCUACCAACAGCGUCCCCACACGUCCCUUGCCUCCCUCACCAACUCUUCAUCAUGCAGGAUCUCUUGUGCCAGCUUCUAAGUUGCCUGUUGUGCGACCUCCAUCCCUGCAGCGUGAAGAAUGUCUGGUGCCAGCAGCUCAGGCACCUGUUGUGCAACCACCUUCCAUCCAGCAUGGGGCAUCUCUUGGACCAGCAGCUAACCUGCAGCAAUUCAAGACCAACCCAUUGGAAUCCGAGAUGGUGGCUGCACCCAACGACAGAGACUUUGAUGUCAAGAGUCACCCCAUGACACGGGCACAUGAUGCAGACAUGAGACCAGAUGGAUACGACAGUUAUGUUGAGACUUAUUGGCACCCUCCCAGCAGUGCCUAUUUUGGUCCAGGAGGCAGAUAUCAGCAUGGGUAUGGGUGUGAGUAUCAUAAUGAGUACCCUAAGGACCAGGAAGAUGGAGAAUGA